AUGGCGAUACACACGGCAACUCCUGCACAGAGUACCGAGCGGGGAGCAGGAGAAGAGUUCUCCGUACUGGCUGGACACACUGGGUAUUGGUCCAGGUACCCCCAGCAAAUAAGAUCCUACAUCCCCCAGCCAAGCUUCCAACCGCUUCACUGUGACGGUGGGAAAGGCAAAGGGAAAGGGAAAGGGAAAGGGAAGAAAAUAUACGUGAGAGCCAACCAGAGCGACUGA